UGGGGAGGUAGGGCAGAAGUGUGGCCACCCAGUGUCCUGCUUAGCCUCAGCUGCAUUUUUCAGGGUCACUCAAGGACUUGUAGGUGCCACUUGGGUUUUCUAGGGUGAAAACCUCUCCCUUAUCCUCUCUUUUCAGGCUGAACCGCUCAGCCAGGUACAAUCUGGAAAAGGAUUUGAAGGACAAGUUCAUGGCCCUGACCAUUGAUGACAUCUGCUUCUCGCUCAACAACAACUCACCAAACAUCAGAUACUCUGAGAAUGUCAUGAGGAUUGAACCCAACUCCGUGAGUCUGGAAGACUGGCUGGACUUCUCCAACACCAAUGUGGAAAAGGCUGACAAACAGCGUAACAACUCCCUUACACUGAAGGCCCUAGUGGACCGAAUCCUGUUACAGACAGCCAGUGACCUGCGAAAGCAGUGUGACGUGGUGGACAUGGCUUUUGAGAAUGGGCUCAAGGAAACCAAGGGUGCCAGGGACAAGCUGGCUGUUCAUCUGGCCAAGGUGAGAUCCCCAGGGUAACAUGGAGCAUGUGCAGGAGGUUUCGCCAUGGAAAUGCGAGUGCCCCCAUGGGUGAGGCUGUUACACUGCUGGGCUUGUGA